AUGUCACCUACAGCCCUGGAGAGAGCUACAUAUAUCUUGCAUAAUGUUUUCCUACCCCCCAAUCUCCCUGACGGUGCAGAUGAUAAUGUCACCCAUGAAGCUUUCCUUCUUGACAGAGUCAUUCGUGCGUUGAUGUCUUUCAAGAGACAUGUCGCCGAGGAUACAGCGGGUAUCAUUUCUUCGGCGACUACAAUGAUUUGUCGUCUGAAAUUCAUCUAUGAUGAGUUCGGACACUUGGAUGAGACUAGGCUGAAGAAGUCUUUGGCUCAAUUGCAUUCCGAGGGCUCCAUCCCGGUCCACGUGCGUGCCCAGAAUGCUGCCCUUCUCAUGACCAAGGUUGGCAAUGCGAUUAUCGUGGAGGCAUUUGAGCUCUCUCCACGCAGCGAACAGGUUAUCAAGACAUUGGGUCGACUGCAACGGAAAUUCCCGGGACCCGCCUUGGAAAUGGACACAGACGCGUUCAUAAAUCCUGAAUUCCUGGCAACUAUGGCACAAACUUUGGAGCGGAUGAGCCAUCAGGAGGUUGCAAAUACUCGAAUUCAAGUGAACAAAGCAGGCCAGAAACUCGAUGAGGACCGGGACACCACUCACCCCAAGGUCGUGACAGAGCUUUUGAUGGGGUUUCUGCGUCCCAUGUGCAAGGUAGCCCAUGUUUCCCGGAUUUGCAAAAAUACUCGCGAGGAGGUCAUGUGGAAUGACAGCAGGUCACCGUGGCGGCGGUCCCCUCUCUGGUUGCUGAUCCGUGUUUCCCUGCAGCUUGUGAUAUCUAGACAAACCAGACAACUAGGACGCCCCGUGGAGCUUUACAAGCACUUUAUGAUAUUUUUCAUGAGCCAUCUCCUCGGCUGGGCGUCUGAAUCCGGGUUGUCCAGUGAGCAACUGCACACUAUGAGCUCUAAGAUUGGACGGAGACUACUCAAACCAAAUCUUCCCAGCAAUGCAUCCUGGGUCCAUUUUGUCUGUCAUAUAUUAGACAGCACUGGCAGCAUCAUUCGCGGUAAAUGGCAGAAAGCUAUAGCACACAGCGGCUAUAAGCAUGACAUGUCGUUGCUUGAGCGUCUCCACUUUACCGAAGACAUCUAUUAUACCCUAGAUAAUCUUGAUAGAUUCAUCACGGAGAUGAAGACGCGUGAAAUAAACGUCCAGGGCUCUAAAAAUUCCCAACCCCCGUCGAUUCUGGUCGAAUUUGAUGCCGCAGAGCUCCCAAACUUGUCACGCACCUUUGACUCCAAAUACGAGGUUUAUAACCUGGCCGCUUUAGAGCGCUGGAUUGCUGAGAAUCUAGACAACUGGCUUCAAGAACACAUAGAGGACGGUAAUACAUGUGGUCAGCUGGGCGGACUGAUGCAAGGAUACCACCAAGCAGCAAUGAACACAUACCGUGGCGACCCCGAAGCCACCUCGGUCAUGAUGCUCUCUCUCCUUGAGCUGUGGAUCGCCUGUGAUAUGUCCGCGACAUGCAUAUACGGUAUGCUGCGCGACUACGAUCCUUGUGUUCCAAUGGGAACAUUCCAGAUUCUGCUUCUACCCUUCCAUUCCCAGCUGGCUAGGUUAGUUUGGGCCGAAGAAUACAUGUGCCAGCGACGUAAGGACGUCAAGUACCACGGCCCCGGCAUCUUCCGAGAUUUUGGCACUCGUCGUUGCUUUCCUGUGAGAUACUUCGAUGCUUCUGUUGAUCACCAAAACCUAUUAAAAAAGAUCGAAGAACAUGCACACCUUGAAAGAAAAACAAAGAAGGCACAGCUCCAGAGAAAAAAAGCUGACUACAGACGACUGAUGGCGCAAUAUGAGCUUGCCGAGUGUCAAUACCACAAGGUGUCCGUUGAUCCAGAAAGUAAUCCUCAGAAAAAACGCCAUUCCGGGUCUUGCCAGAGAUGCAGCUAUAAACAAAAGGCCAAUACUAUCAACAUUGCCAUCCACGAAUGGCCCUUACCCAAAGAUGAACUUCAUACAAAAUCGACGGUUUUUGAGCUCAGCAUUCCUUUGGCAUUUAGAGAUUGGCGGGAUACUACUAUGUACUUCCUAAUGGAUGUGUUGGGCAUGAGGUAUUCUGCACGGGUGCGCCCAUGCUCAAGACAUCCAUUAUCAACAUACUGCGGUCUCAAGCGCUUCUUCAGAUCAUGCAAAGAUGUGCAACGGAUAGGUCUUCUUUCUCAGAACAAACCUCAUGGAAUCACUCAUCGGAAUUUGAAAAAGAUUGUUGAUAUGACCGAAAACGAUAUCUGCCUAGACAAUGGGCUGCGCUUUCAUUACUUCGACAGCAAUGUUGAUUGUUUUCUCGCUGAUUUUAUGAUGACGUACCGCAGAGCUACUCUAUGUGUCUAUAAAAUGCCCACAAGCAGCGGAUGCUUAGAAGAGUUUCUUUUUCGUCCAUCUGGAGCCCCUGACGGACUGCCACCGAACCAAGCCAUAGCUUCUCAGCGGCUUACUUGUCCAGCGCAUGUCACAAGUACGGAGUACAAGGCUCUCUGUAGCAUUCCUCUCGGAGUUGAAGUGCAAUGGCUAAACAUCCUUGUGCAGCUGUCUAUGCCGCAGGUUGACUGGAAAAAGCUGGAAACAUGCAUCUUCAUUCUCCAGACAAUCUACCAGGCUGGGCCACCAGACAAAUGCUCGGUAUCGAGAACGGGCCAUUUGAUUCUUGAGGACGAAGAGUUUACCAGGGUAUUAUUAGCGAAAAUUGCAAACACCAUGGAUAGGAUCAAAGACAACUGGGAGUCAGCACAAGCACUCUGCGCUUUUGCAUGUGUAACAUCAAGGGUACUGUCGCUGACUCUCUCAUACUCCAUUCAAAUAGCCUGCUUAGAGAUAUUGCGAUAUCUACGGGAGAUUGUUUUCCAGUGGGUUGAACUGGUCAAGGGAAAAGCCAGCAGGGCUCUCCAUGGUGAGGAACGCGAUUCUUUGGUCGCACUAACUGUUCGCCUUUCUUUGAUUUGCGUAUGCUCCUUCGAUGCAGAAGGCGACCACCUUCAAACUAUACUCGCUAUCGACUCGGAAGCUUCACUGUUCAUAUUGUGCUCUGUGACCAUUCAAGAGUGGGGGACUUCACUUCACCAACUUGAAGCCUCUGAUCCAUUGCUUCCAAUCCUCCACCGACGGUGGAAAGCUCUCUGCUAUCGUACCCACCGCAUUUUGGCCAGCAAAAUCCUCGAAGACAAAAGCAGAAUCUUGCAUGUGGCCAUCCAAAGGGCGUGGCCGGCAUUCCAGGGAGUUGAUAGGUGGUUAGCUGUGGCAAAGCAACCGUCUUGCUGGCUUUAUAGUCGCAUUGUCAAUCAUGAAAACACCCGCGGGCAAUUACUGGUCCAUUUCAAUCUACUAACAGGCGAAAUUCUGGUCAACGGUCUUCCCCUAUCUCGCCUUCCUUCCGAAUAUGAGACCAAUCUUUCUUAUCAGCGGCUGUUUGGCCACUCAGUAUUAGAAAUCAUGCCAAGCCCUGCUCCAGGCAUGGAGUUUUCUGCUAAAAGGGACUAUGAGGAACACAUGGUGCAUUUGGGGCUGUUACGGACCACCGACAGCUCCACCACCGACCUUGUUGUCUGCGCCAUCAAGGAAGAACAAGUGUUCCAAUUUCUACCACCAAGGUUGCUAUCUGGCCUCUUUCCCGACGCGUUUGUGGACAACUUUGUUCAUUGGUAUGAUGAAGACAAAGAACUUGUCGAAUUUCGUCCAGCCGAGCAGGCAUGGAAGUCCUCCAGUUCAAACUGGAGACUCAGAAGGGAUGAUCGAAGGCGUUGGUAUCUUGCAGAAGAUGAGGGUUACUUGGUGAAUAUGGACAGUGCAACGGCCGAAUCAGUCGCGUGCAUUCUCAAUCCAGUAGCCAAGCCCAGUAAAAUUCAUUGCAUCCUCCACCAGGCGCUCUCACGUCUUGAGAUUGGCAUCCCGUCUCUCCAACUUGACUUUUUCCUUGAGAAGGGAAGUUCAUCCAUUCGGAGCAAGCAGUCACGCGGAAUGGAAGUCGAUGGCGACCAAUCUUUGGACUCGCUUGUUGGCUUGCGUAACAGGCUUCUGCUCAAAUGUCCAAGCGGCCUGGGGCGAGCUGUGAUUGUACCAUAUGGAGAUGUGUACGUCCAGAAGGAGGGUGAUCAUGUUAAAGUUCGUAUUGACUUGGAGACCUCGGCCAACUUCCAACUUUAUACAGUCGAUUGCCGACUCGGUCAAUUGGUCGAUAAUGGAAGCCUGCAAAGCAAACUCACAUUGUGUUAUCUACAUGCUCUAACCUCCUUUUGCAUACCCGACCCUCUGACAGGUAGAACUGGCACCGAGCAAGCGCUUACCAUUCUUCGUUCUGCUGUGGUCAGGUCAUUUGAAACUCUCGACCCAGAACAUACAAGCAUACUUGCCAGGAUCGCUGCUCUGACACCAGAAAGGAGAUAUUAUCCGGCAGAAGCACGUGUAAUGCAAUCGGUUACUUGGCAGAAAAAUCUGGGUUUCCUAGCCCAGCAUGGGGAGUUCUACACCAGGGUACUUGACAUCUUCGAUCAAGAUCACCGCCAGGGGAUGCUGUCUUCAGCCCAACGUCCAUGUCAUCCAGACUUGCCUCGGGUCGAAACAGAGCUGCUGAAACGCGACAGUAUUCGAUCUUCGUCCUUUCGUGUCUCUGGAUUCGGAGCUGAGGAUCACACAUAUAAUAAAGAUCGCUCAUAUCGGAGUCUUGACUGCAACCAGACAUCUCACGAAGGCUAUAGUGCGUUCCUUAUGUCAAAAGCCAUAUAUCUGGGGGUCCCAAUGAAUCAGGCAAUGUCAGCAGAUGAUCUAGCAUCCCAUCUCUGGAAAUUUCUUUCAGGCGUUGAUUGCGUCUUUGGACCAGAUAAAGAGCUCGGCGAUACGAAGGGGAAAUUCGACUCCCAGUUGAUCCUGGAACCGGAGAAGUUGAUAUCUCAGCAUUGGUGUGCCAUCCAUAACCAGAUUUUGCGGUCUGGUCAUAACCGACUCAACCAAUUCCAAGCCAUGAUAUGGUUUUCAACCAUGGCCUUUGCCAAGAAUGUUGAUAUGACGGUCUUGAAAGCAUUGGCCUCGGUAUACUGUAUCUCGGAUAUGGACCUAAUGGCUCCCCCUUCAGGCACGUCAUUUUACCUGUCGAAAGGUGAUGAAUUCGACAAGUCUACUCUACUCCAAGAGCUCAGUUGCUCCCUAGUAUCUAUUGAGCAGUCUCCUGAUUGGACAGUUAAAUCUCAUCCAGGCGAGUCCCGCAAGGCGUACAAUCGUCGCCGAGCAACAAUAUUCCGGGAUAGUAGCAAACAAAUGCUUGGGCGAUUCAUUUCAGCAAUUCAACCACAGUGGCCGGCCAGAUCGCCUAGUGAGCCUACGUUCGACGGCUCCCCCGAUAUCCGUUCCUAUAUCAAUGUUCCAAGUGCAAUGGCUAUCGCUCGGCGGCAAUUCUCCAUCUGGCUCGAUAACAGGGAAUUUCGAUACUAUAUUCGCCGCCUCUCGUAUGUUCUCAGUCAGCAGACAGCUCUUAGUAUAACACCACAGCCGCUUUCCUUCCAGAUACCCGAUCCCCCGGUGCUAUGUGAACCUGAAUUUGUCAGUGUGGAUGAUAUCCUUUACAGCAGACCUCCUCAUGUGGACACGGAAACCCCCCAGCUCGAGGACCUUUUGGAAUCUAUACCACUGGUUUCUAGCUCAAAUCUCCGGUCUCGGAUACUAAUCAGCAAGCUGGCUCUUCUUUCGAGGUCGCGCUAUGAAAGUAAAUACAUUGAUCAGUUACGGAGUAGCAUCGAUUCUCUACAGCAAGCUACAAGAGACUGGAGGAUCGUGUUGACUGAUGCCCACUUGAGAGAUGUACUCACAGGCCAUCUUAAUCUAUGCCGAGAUCAUUUAUGUUCAGUAUACAAUGCCAUCACGGCGCAUAUGGGACUCAACUCUGCGGGAAGCAUGCCAUGGGAUACGGAGAACCCAGCACGCCAUGCUGUCAUGGACACAUUAGCACGUGUACACCAAUGGCCAAGGAUUUCGCCUAUUCUCCUACUCCAGCAGAUGACACGACACAGAUGGGUUAACUUGGAGAAUGACUGGAAGUGGUGUUUUGUUGCAUAUGGUCUUGCACUAACGGCCGUCCAACGCGCGGAAAGACUAGUCAGCUUGGUUGGGGCACGCGAGGAUCUCGUCCAAGAGAUAAGGAAUAAAGGCCACAUAGACUGGACCCCGCUCGAGUUUCCCGAGACUCUGCUAGUAGAGAUUGAGAGCGGUAUCCUCAUACGGGAAGUUCAGGAGCAGAUUGCUAAGCAGAUGAGAGCCAGAAGGCCCGGGAAUGUGGUGAUGCAGUUGAAUAUGGGCGAAGGGAAAUCGUCCGUGAUUAUCCCUAUUACUUCGGCUGCACUUGCUAACGGCAGAUGUCUGGUUGUUGUGAUGGUACCAAAACCCCAGUCUCGCCAGAUGUUUCAGAUGCUGGUAUCUAAGUUGGGGGGCUUGUUGGAUCGCCGUGUCUAUCAUUUGCCAGUGUGUCGCACUCUGAAGAUAGAGCAAGCCGGAGCCAAUGAAAUCCGAGAACUAUGCCACGAUUGCAUGGUAAACGGAGGUGUUCUCUUGGUUCAGCCAGAGCACAUACUGUCACUGAAACUGAUGGGCCUUGAAAAUCUGAUUUCGGGCAGUGACGCAGUCGGUUCCUCGGUUCUAAGGACUCUAGACUUUUUCAACACUGACUCGCGUGCCAUCGUGGAUGAAAGUGACGAGAAUUUUGGUGUGAAGUUUGAACUAAUCUACACCAUGGGUAGCCAACGUCCAGUGGAAUAUAGCCCCCAGAGGUGGAUAUUGAUCCAUCAGUUACUACAGCUUGUGAGAGAGAUUGCUCCAGACCUCCACGAGGAAUUUCCCCAUUCAAUGGAACUGGAAGACCCUCACCCCGGCGGUUUCCCACGAAUGAGGUUCCUUCAUCACGAUUCCCAGCAGUGUCUUAUGGUGCGUCUUCUAGAGCACAUUUGUGACCACGGGAUUGAAGGCUUGCCAAUUUCGCGGCAGCCAGAGGAGAUAAGAAACGCCGUGUUCAGUUACGCACUCAAUGCAGAACUUGAACCAUCGCAGAUUGCUGCCGUUGAGGACCAAGACACGGCAAGUUUUUGGACUGACGCGACUAAAAGUCCACUUCUUCUUCUCAGAGGCCUUCUCGCCGGUGGAGUUCUAAGCUUCUGUUUAAGUCAAAAACGCUGGCGCGUCAACUACGGGCUGGAUCCCGAAAGACAGCCACCAACCAGACUCGUAGUCCCAUACCGCGCCAAAGACAAGCCUGCUGCGAGGUCUGAAUACAGCCAUCCAGAUGUUGUUCUCAUAUUGACGUCCCUGAGCUACUAUUACGCUGGACUUGAGGACGAUGAUAUAUUCCUUGCCUUCAACCAUCUUCUAAAGUCUGAUCAAGCUGAUGCUGAGUAUACAGCUUGGGUUGGGGACGCCCCAAGUUUACCAAUCUCUUAUCAUCAUCUAGUUGGAGUCAAUCUUGAGGACCGUUACCAUUGUUCUAAAGAAGUGUUUCCCUGGCUCCGCUUUUCGAAAAGCCUAAUCGACUACUUUUUAACUCAUCUUGUUUUUCCGAAAGAGAUGAGAGAGUUUCCCGAAAAACUCACGGCCUCCGGUUGGGACAUCGGAGAGAUUAAGUGGCAUGCAACAAUUGGCUUCAGUGGCACGAACGAUUCCCGUACGACAUUGCCUUUGGAUGUGGAACAGCUAGAUCUACCAGAGCAAAGUCACACCAAUGCUUUCGUGAUUGAGACCCUUCUGAGACCUGAAAAUUCAGUUGCGUUGUACCCCCCACAGCACCGUGUCUUAGGCUCGGACGCAAAUGCCUUGCUUCAUAUGGUGACUAGUCUGGACUCCCCUGCACAGGUGAUCCUAGAUGUAGGGGCCCAGAUAAUAGAACUAAGCAACUUUGAGGUCGCGGGGGCAUGGCUCAAACUAAUCACAGACCACGAGCAAACCCAGGCUAUAGUGUUCUUUGAUGACAAUGACGAGCUUCUCGUUUUGGACCGGAGGGGGCGCGUGGAGGCGCUACAGAUAUCGCCGUUUUCCAAGCAACUGGAAUUGUGUCAUAUAUUCCUUGAUGAAGCACACACUAGGGGAACAGAUUUAAGACUACCGAAAUAUUAUCGUGCUGCUGUGACCCUGGGGGCAGGUCUCACAAAGGAUAAGUUGGUCCAAGCGUGUAUGAGAAUGAGAAAACUAGGCAAGGGACAAUCGGUCAUUUUUUACAUUCCCGACGAAAUCAAGUCAAACAUCCUUUCCCUUACGGGAAAAGAAAAUGAGUUGGACAUUGACGUAUCAGACGUCUUAUGCUGGGCAAUAUCAGAGACUUGGCACGAUAUACAACGGAGCAUUCCCUUGUGGGCAUCUCAAGCAGAACGUUUCGGACGCCAGUCAGUUUUGUGGAACAAGGCCAUAAAGAACGGACGGACCAAGAUGACUACUGCACAGGCUAUAGAGUUCUUAGAACCCGAAUGUCAGACCCUGGAAUCUCGAUAUCGACCCGGCUGGCAUCGCUCUCCGCCAAAUAACUCUCGGCUACAGGAGAUAAAGACCUCUAACGCCCAUCUCAUCCUCGAAAGAUGUCGUGAAUUCCAGAAUUUGGACUUCAGUGCGACUCAUCUCCAUGAAGAGCAGGAGCGCGAACUCGCACCUGAAAUUGAAAAAGAGCCCGAAGUCGACCGACCAGCUCCAGAAGGGCCAGCUACCCACUAUUUGCAUCCGGACGUUCUGUCGUUCAUUACCAGUGGAAUACCUACCAGAUUUACAAUGGCCUACGGGUCAGCAUUCGAGAUGCUGAGAGAGACUUCCGCGGCUGUACACUUGGAUGUGUCACAAUUCCCACAGGAUCUCCUGGUAACAGCCGACUUUGCCACAACGAUUUUGGCCCCGAAGAAUGUGUCUUUUCAAACGGAUGCAUACCAACGGCCUGUCCAAUGGAUCUUAACGAGUACAUAUCCUGUAUAUUCAUCCAGCCCUGGCCAGAAUGUGGUAAAGCAUAUGAUGAUCAUCAGCCCCUACGAAGCCUGCAAGAUUCUACCCAGAAUUCGCAGCCCAGAGACUAAGGUGACAUUGCAUUUGUACUCUCCACGACAGCACCAAGGGUUUCCUCCACUCGAUGGAUUGACGCUGUACUCCGUCCCUAGGUGCCCCGAACCCCUUGAAAUCCCCACACCUCUCCGGAUCCAGUUGAAUUUGUUCUCCGGGCAGCUCUACAUCGCUACAUAUCGCGAGUACCAGGAGAUAUGCGAGUUCCUCGGCGUGGCAUCGGUCAAGACCCCCGAGGGGUGGUCGGUUGCAGCGGAUGGAUUCAUUCUCACAGACGCACAUAGGCUAGGCUCUCCGUUCCAUCGGAGUCCCCUUAAGUUCCUCAAGGUCCUCAUGUCACAGAUCAGGAAAGACUGUCAAGACAUCAGUAAGACCCAUAUUGGCAAGAUCUUGGACGGGAAGCUGCUCCGUGAGUCUGAUUUUGAAGCAAAAACCUGA